CCAACUUGAUAUACAAGCUUUAUACUGUAUCCUCCCCUCAAUCAACUUAACAACCGGAACACACUAUCGAAAUUUCGAACCAAAAAGAAAAAGUCAUGGCGAAAGAAACUGCACCACCCAAAGCUGUCAAUAUUGUACGGCCGUCUCAUAGCUUUAUGCCACAAAAACCGACAUCACGGGUAUCGUCAUCUUCCCAAGCCAGUUUUGUAAGCGCUCCACCUACAACAUACUAUCAGCAACAACAACAACAACAACAACAACAGCAAAAUAAUCACCACCACCACUACGGCAACAGCCACAAUAGCAGUACUCACCAAUAUAGCCAGCAGCAGCAGAAUCAACAACCGCGUUUCCAUAAAGCUCCUCGAGUCACUUCUACUACCAAAGUCCAUGAUACCGUCAAUCUGUCUCAUCAUAAACCUGCAUUGAACAUUUAUCAUCCACCUUCUCCGCCACAACAUCAACAACAACAGCCACGCUCUUCAAAAACAUUCAGCAUAAUAGACACUUCUUCGAGUAGACGAGCCCCUAUUUCUUCCCCUGGCUCCACUCAUAUUACUGCUGCUGCAUCAUCAUCAUCAUCAUCUUCUUCUUCUUCUUCGCCAACAGCAACAGUUUUACCACCCUCCCCACCACCACCCCACCAUCAACAAUUGCCCUUCCACAGUAUUUCUUCUACCUCAACAAACUCAUCCUCAUCAUCAGUACAUGCAUCAACAACACGCCCACACUUUGAAAUAUACAAACCCCCCUCGCGCGCCAAAACACUUGCUGUACCUCCUGCUGGUCUGGUGUCACAGCAACAUUCACCGCGUCGUCCACAACAGCAACCAACAUCACCGUCAUCAUCCUCAUCGCGUGCUACCAGUACGGUUCGGAACGUUGCCGGUGCUAUUGCCAAACCUGAUGAAUCGAUCCUUAGUGCCAGUAGCUCAAACAUCCAUGAAGAAAGUCCGGAUGAGCUUUCCGAUCAAGAAAAUGAUCUUGGUCAAGAUCCAAGUGAUGAUGAUGAUGAAGAAGAAGAAGAUGAAGAAGUCAAUGAAGCUCGGGUCAAUAGAAAGAUUGCCGACUUGGAAAUAUCGAAUCGAUCCUUGCUCGCUGUCAAUUCCAUGCUAGAGGCCACUGUACGUAAGCAAGCAUCCGAAGUUGCAAAAAUGAAAAGUCAAAUAAGGUAAAAUUCAUCAACCGGUCCCCACAAAAGACCGAUCUGUCAGACGAUGAGUGGGAACAGGACGAACAGUUUUGUCGCCUGUUCCGAAUGACCG